GAGUCCCUCUGGAUUAUACGGGGUCUGAUAACAGGGCAGAGCGGCUGCCGGGUAUCUCUCAUGCGGGGGCCUCCUGCCCACGACAUCCAGCCCGGCCGCCUCGCAGCCUAAAUUGGGCGUGGCCCUGCGGCAGUCCACUGGACCCCCAUUCCGGGGCAGUCCUGACGCCCCCGGCCGCGCCCCGGUUGCGUCCGCCCCGCCCCUCGACGUGCCCCCGCGCGCCGCACCCCCUCCCACCUGGCACACCCCUGCGCCCCGCCCGGCCGCAGCGGGCCUGGAGCCGCCCGGCGGGCCUUAGCGACCCUCACAGCGGCACGGUUCUCCUCCGCAGCCCGCCGCCAUGGACGUAUACCCCGUGCACCAGCUGGGGCUGCCCCGCUCACGGUUCCCCGGCAGCUCUGGCCGCGCGUCGCCCUCCGUCAGCUGUAACCGACUCCGCCAGAUACAGAGCAUCCUGACCCAGAGCAGCAAAUCUCGGCCUGAUGGAAUCCUGUGCAUCCUAGGAAUUGAUAGCAGGUACAAUGAAGGCUGCAGAGAACUGGCAAAUUAUCUUCUGUUUGGUUUAUAUAAUCAGAAUACCAGUGAUUUUGAGAAAACGGGAUUUUCUGAAGAAGUUCUUGAUGAUUUAAUUAUAUUGAUUAAAUCAGACAGUGUCCAUCUGUACUGUAAUCCUGUUAACUAUCGCUAUCUAUUACCCUAUGUGGCGCAUUGGAGAAAUCUGCAUUUCCACUGCAUGACGGAAAAUGAGUAUGAAGAUGAGGAAGCUGCAGAAGAAUUUAAAAUUUCCAGCUUUGUAGACAUGGUCCGAGACUGUAGCAGAAUUGGCAUUCCUUACAGCUCCCAAGGUCACUUGCAGAUAUUUGAUAUGUUUGUGGUGGAGAAAUGGCCAAUUGUACAGGCCUUUGCACUUGAGGGCAUUGGAGGGGAUGGAUUUUUUACCAUGAAAUAUGAGUUGCAGGAUGUGAGUUUGAAUCUUUGGAAUGUCUACAGCAAGAUGGAUCCUGUGUCUCUGGAGAAUUUGCUGUCAGAAGAUUUGGUGGCUUUUGAACAUCAGUGGACUAGCUUCUUUGCUAAUUUUGACACAGAAAUUCCUUUCCUGCUAGAACUUUCAGAAUCUCAGGCUGGCGAGCCAUUCAGAAGUUACUUCAGUCAUGGAAUGAUAUCCAGCCAUAUAACUGAAAAUAGCCCUAACCGGCAGCCAUUUGUUCUCUUUGGUAAUCACUCCACCCGAGAAAACCUGAAUGCUGGCAACUUUAACUUCCCUUCUGAAGGGCAUUUGGUACGCAGCACUGGUCCUGGUGGGAGCUUUGCCAAACACAUGGUAGCACAGUGUGUCUCACCGAAGGGACCUCUCGCAUGUUCAAGAACCUACUUUUUUGGAGCUACUCACAUUCCUUACUUGGGUGGCAGUGACAAGCUGCGAAAGAAUGACAAGCUGCCCAAGAAAACUGAACAAAUUAGGCUCUUGUCCCAGAUAUAUGCUGCUGUUAUUGAGGCUGUUUUGGCUGGCAUUGCAUGUUAUGCUAAAGCUUCCAGUCUAACAAAGGCAAAGGAGGUAGCAGAGCAGACUCUGGUAUCUGAGUUAGAUUCCUUUGAGCUGGUUCAGUUUAAGACAGCCCUGUGCUCCAAGAUGGCUUUUCAUAUACACGCUGUGAAUAAUCAGGGAAGAAUUGUGCCUCUGGAGGGUGAAGAUAGCUUAUCCUUUAUGAAAACGGCAAGUAUGACUGUCUAUGACAUUCCUGAUUUGCUGGGAGGAAGAGGGUGUUUAGGAUCUGUGGUCUUCUCAGAAUCAUUUUUGACAUCUCAGAUCUUGGUUAAAGAAAAGGAUGGCACUGUUAUCACAGAGACCAGCUACAUAGUCCUGACAGCCGCCAUACCCAGAUUCUGCUCCUGGCUGGUAGAAGAUGAUGAAGUAAAAUUGUCUGAGAAAACCCAGCAAGCUGUGAGGGGAGACGAGUGUUUCCUGGGCACUUUUCUAACAGGAGGAGAAGGAGCAUAUCUUUAUUCCAGCAAUUUACAUUCCUGGCCCGAGGAAGGAAACUUGCAUUUCUUCUCUAGUGGCCUUCUGUUUUCUCACCGUCAUCAUGGAAGUAUCAUCAUUUCCAAGGAUCACAUGAAUUCCCUUUCCUUCUAUGAUGGGGACUCUACCAGUGUUGUAGCUGCCCUUUUCAUCAGCUUCAGAAGCUCAUUGCUUCCUCACCUCCCAGUUCAUUUCCAUGGAUCAAGCAACUUUCUGAUGAUUGCUCUUUUCCCCAAAUCAAAGAUAUAUCAAGCAUUUUACUCAGAGGUCUUCUCCCCCUGGCAACAGCAGGAUAACUCAGGACUCUCUUUAAAAGUGAUCCAGGAAGAUGGAUUAUCUGUGGAACAAAAGAGAUUACACUCCAGCGCACAGAAACUUUUUGGUGCCCUGAACCAUCCUGCUGGGGAGAAGUGGAGUUCUUCAAAAUUGCUCUCAGCUAAACUCCCAGAGCUGGACUGGUUUCUUCAGCAUUUCACUGUCAGCAGCAUUAGUCGGGAGCCUGUGAUGCAGAUCCAUCUUCCGAUCCUGCUGCAACAAGCUGAAAUCAGUCCUCCGCACAGAGUAGAAAAUGACAAGGUAAUUAUCAGCAUUGUAACUGGCCUCCCAGGCUGUCAUGCUAGUGAACUCUGUGCUUUUCUGGUCACUCUACAUAAGGAAUAUGGCAGGUGGAUGGUGUACCGCCAAAUCAUGGACAGCUCUGAAUGUUUUCAUGCUGCCCACUUCCAGAAAUACCUUUCUAGUGCCCUGGAGGCCCAACAGAACCGCUCUGCCCGUCAGUCAACCUACAUCCGCAAGAAGACCAGGCUACUGGUAGUGUUACAAGGCUACACAGAUGUAAUUGAUGUCGUCCAGGCCCUGCAGACCCACCCAGACUCGAAUGUCAAGUCCUCCUUCACCAUUGGUGCCAUCACAGUGUGCAUGGAGCCCCUGAGCUGCUACAUGGAGCACAGGUUUCUCUUCCCCAAGUGUCUUGACCAGUGUUCACAAGGCCUGGUGAAUAAUGUGGUGUUCACCAGUCACACCACGGAGCAGAGGCACCCCCUUCUUGUUCAAUUGCAGAGUCUCAUCAGGGCUGCCAAUCCUACCACAGCCUUCAUUCUUGCAGAAAAUGGCAUUGUCACCAGGAAUGAAGACAUUGAGCUGAUUCUCUCAGAAAAUAGUUUUUCAAGUCCUCAGAUGCUGCGAUCCCGAUAUUUAAUGUACCCUGGCUGGUAUGAAGGUAAAUUUGAUUCUGGAUCAGUCUUUCCACUGAUGGUUCAGAUCUGCGUAUGGUUUGGCCGUCCCUUGGAGAAGACUCGCUUUGUGGCCAAGUGUAAAGCAAUUCAAUCCUCCAUCAAGCCAAGUCCUUUCUCUGGAAACAUCUACCACAUCCUGGGCAAAGUGAAGUUUUCAGACUCUGAAAGGACCAUGGAGGUCUGCCACAACACUCUGGCCAACUCUCUGAGCAUCAUGCCAGUUUUGGAUGGACCCACGCCACCACCUGACUCGAGAAGUACACCUCAAGACAGUGGGCAACAGGAGUGCUACCUUGUGUUCAUUGGCUGUUCCCUGAAGGAAGACAAUCUCAAGGACUGGCUACGGCAGUCAGCUAAGCAGAAGCCUCAGAGAAAAGCUCUGAAGACCAGGGGAAUGCUGACUCAGCAGGAGAUCAGGAACAUCCAUGUGAAGCGCCACCUGGACCCCCUACCUGCAGGCUAUUUUUACAAUGGCACCCAGUUUGUUAACUUCUUUGGUGACAAGACCGAUUUUCACCCACUCAUGGACCAGUUCAUGAAUGACUAUGUAGAAGAAGCAAACCGGGAAAUUGAAAGGUACAACCGUGAGCUGGAGCAGCAGGAGUACCAUGACCUUUUUGAGCAGAAGUCCUAGAGGAAGCUGGGCCCACACACCCACCAGAGAUGAACAAAUGGGGCGCCUUAACCCCAGCUCUCCCAGGCACCUUCCUGGAGGAGCUGUCUUUGUCCUCCUUGACUUUUGUUUGCUGCUGGAGUACAUGUUGUCAUUAUUCUCUCUACAGUGCUGAAGGGCAUCACCUGCACCACUGAUUGGGGGGUGGGAGUGGGGAUCCUCAAGAAUGAGCAGACAGGACUGCCCACUGUGUGCAGCUGUUGGUUCAGGCCCUCUGGGUCUCUGGUAACAGAUUUCUUGAGCUGCUGAGAUACCAUGUGAAGGGAGAAGCAUUUGCAUUGCACAGAGGAGCUGCCAGGACUUAGAAGGAACGCUGGUUGCCUGCAUCAUGGCAGUGCCUGGGGAACAAGACCACUCCAGGCCUCAGGCCUUAGAUGUUACCCCAGGAGAACUCUCAUCCCCAGUGGGGCCUGCUGCUUCUGCUUUGGUCCUUCCAUUAAAGGAACUGGCCCUAUUGGCCCUAUGCCCGGUCUAUGGGGGAGCAACACAAGACCCUCCCAGGCCAACCCAUAGAACCAGCACCUCCAGCUGAGAUCCACAGCAUCUUCUAAAAUGAGAGGAUUUCCCUUGUGGACUAAAUUGAGGGAAAGGCAUGAUGUUUUCCAGAAGCGUGUGGCUCUUCAGUUGACGUCAGCAGUCCCCCUGUGAUUUGUUUUGAGCUCUCCUGUGGUAUCACUUAGUGUCCCAAAUUCAGGAACAAGACAAAACCUGUGGCCAAGGCCUGGUGACACUGGCUUCCUUUCCAGGGGAGCAUCCUGCAAGUAGUUAGACUUAAGCCCAGGGUCUGAUCACUUGUGGGGCUUCAGUCUCCAGCACCCAGCCUUCCCCUAGCCUUACCAGGGAAGGUCUGCUUUUCAGCCACAAACUUCAGGAAACUCAUGCCCCACAAGCAUUGUUUCUUAACCUUGGGUUUGCUUGGCUCCAGAGGAUCAGAAAUGUCAAAGAAUUCCAAUACUCAGAGUUAAAAUUCCUUCCAGUGGCUUUGUUUUCAGAUGAACUGUAAAGCAAAGGAGAAUUAAUUUGUGUUCCAUGUCUGACCUUAAUAAUUAGUGUGGGAGACAGGAGGUCACAGGCACUGAUUUAGGUGAUAUCUGUUAGGACUUCAGCACCUCAGCUGCCUGAGUUGUAAAUGUUUUCUCAAUUUCAUGGUUUUUUGCAUGCCUUAGAAAGAAGCACAUAGGUGAAACCAGCAUAGUUUCCUGUAAUGUAGAGGGGUUUUUGGGAAAGACCCUUGGUGCAGAGGAGAGCCAGGAUGGAGCACAUGGGUCUGUGUGUGUGGUCACACAGUGGCCUGCAUGCAAGUAGCAAAGCAGUUAUCAAAGGCUUAUCAGUAAAAUAUACUUGUAUUAGAGAAAAACAAUUUAUACUUGAAACCAAAUGAACAAAUUACAAAUACCACUGAAUGAGAAAUCUUGCAUUAAGAAAUGCUCCUGAAAUUCAGACCCAUGUGCUCCAGUCCUAGCUCCAAGAGCCAGUGGUGACAAGGGCUCCUUUGUGGAGCCCAAGCCUGGGAGCCCUGACUUCUGGCUGGCCAGAAUUCAGGGUCCACAAAGGGCCUGCCUCUGCUUCAGAAUCAAUAACAUAGAUCUUAAGUGCAAUUGAUUAAUAAGCAAUGAGUUACUGUAGCUUCCUUUAGCUCUACCGAGCUCUUUUUAAAAACUCAAACUUGAGCAGCCUUAGAAAAGGGAAGGGGGUGGGGUUGGGGUGAACCACAGGCCAUUUCAUUUCCUCCAGGGGGUUGCUGUGAAGUUUUCAGUGGAAGCUCUAGAUGUAGGAGCGUGAGCCAUUUCCUGGCUGCCCUGGCCUGGCAGUCUGGCUGCUGCACAAGAGUUUUUAAAGGGGGAUCGGAGCCCAUCCAUGAAAGUGGGCCUCUCACCACGUGGGGCUGCACUACAUGGUGAUAUUGGUUUCUGACCAUUGUCCAUAGAAAUGCUCUCUCACCAACCUGCCCCACUCUCCCUGUUCCCCUCUUUGUAGAGGGAAAACUGUGAUUACCUCAACAUGAAUACGAAACUGUGAUUGAAAAAAGGCAAAACAUUAAGAAGUAUCAAAGCCAAAAAAGGCAAAACUGACUGAGGCCUCUAAAGACACUCCCAAGCCUGCUUGGGAGUGUGAAAGGGCACACUGGUGAAAGGGCAUUCCUGGGCACACUCGCUGUGCCCCUGGUGAAGGGCACAGUAGUGGCACACUGUGAGCUCUUUGAGGACUGGGGCUGGGAGCAUGUAAGCCUCUUGUUCUGACUGUGGAGUUUAAUAUCCACUUUAUCUUGUGGGUCAGGGAGCAGGGUCAUAGGCUGUCUCCAGAGAAAAGGCCAUGACACUGUGUUUUAGCUUUUGAUCUUAGAAGUGGAUACCAGGGACCCAGCAAAGACAGGAGAUUCAGUUCCCAGGGACAGGCAGAAGUCCUCCAGGGGCUUACAUGCUUUUGGUCAACUUACCUGUUAGCAGCUUCAGUUUUUAUAUCACCAGAGUGAGUGGAAAAAUGGUGAAGUCACUGAAGUUAUAGUUUAUUUUCCUUUUUUUUUUUUUAAUCCCCCCCCUCUAUAAUUGACAGAGGAGGUAGAAAUUGGAGAAGAUGGAUCACCCUAGGAGGGGGCCACAGGCAAGAGUUUAGUUGGCCCUGCUGAUCCCUGGGGCUCUCUGACCUGAAGCCUGGACAGCCCUUCAGGUGUGAUACAAAGUUCUCUCCUAAAUUCUUAUUAGGAUUUUGGAGAAUUUUUGCACAGUAAUAAGCUCUGGGUUGCUCUUUGGGCUUCUCAAAAGGGAAAAGUUCAACUCAAAAGAUUGUAAACUAUGAAGUAUUGCAGCCAUGUUGCUGACUAGUUGGAUAGAUGUACCUCAAAAAGUAGGUGAGAAAUGGCUUCCUCAUUGUCCCAGGUGACAUACUAAUGACAUAAGAGCUCACUUACGUGCCAAAAUUCACUUUUAUACUAGUUUUUCAGUGCUUUAAUAUUUGUAACUUAAAUUUUAAAGCUCAUAUUUACAAACACUACUGUAACUUCAGUGAAACUGAAUUGUGUGAUUGAAGCUUUUUGCUUAUUAUAAUAUUUAUUACACUACUUAAUUCAGUAAAUAUAUAAAAGUAGUCUUCAAUUUAUUUUUAUAUUAUUUUACAUGUUUUUACCUGCAGUUGUGUAUGUGAAUUUACCUUGGUAAUUAAGAUGUAAUGCUAAAAAAGACCAAUAAACUAUCACUGAAC